CUCCAAUGGAAUGCUGCAACAUGCCAACCUGACAUGCCUACAUGCUACAAACAAACUCUCAGCUGUAACUCUAACUCUAUAUGAUAAAGACAAUGAAGCUGUGUGUACUGUGGAUAGUCACGCUGCUGGCAGGUCUGUCUCAAGCUCAAGGACAGUUCCAGCCUAGUACUACGAUAGAGUACAUCCACCACACUAAUCAAGACCUCCAGUCACUGAUGACAUUCUACAGAGACCAAUUCCCUGAGAUUACUCGUCUUUACAGCAUCGGACAAUCAGUGAAUGGAGUGGACCUUCUAGUCAUGGAAAUAUCCGAUAAUCCAGGCACACAUGAACUGGGAGAACCAGAAUUCAAAUACAUAGCAAACAUGCAUGGGAAUGAAGUGACUGGGAGAGAGACCUUACUGUACCUCAUGCAAUACCUCUGCAAUAACUAUGCAACUAAUGACACAGUGAAGACACUUGUGGACAGUACAAGGAUACAUCUCUUGCCUACUAUGAAUCCUGAUGGCUACUCAGGAGCACAAGUGGGGGAUUAUGCUGGAGUGGCAGGACGAUACAAUGUACAUACGGUGGAUCUGAACCGUAAUUUCCCGGACAGAUUUGGCAGUGAGACUGGCACACCAGAGCCAGAGACACAGGCAGUUAUAGACUGGAUACAUAGCUACCCGUUCGUGCUGUCUGCCAAUCUACACAAUGGAGCUCUCGUAGCUAAUUAUCCCUAUGACAACAGCGUCAGCGGUGAGAGUGUCUAUACUCGAAGCCCUGAUGAUGAUAUAUUUCGCCAGCUGGCCCUCUCCUACUCACGAGCUCAUCCCACCAUGCAUCUGGGUCUAAAAGCAUGUGAAAGAUACGAUGAAAUGUUUGUGGAUGGUAUAACGAAUGGUGCUGAGUGGUACAAUAUUAACGGAGGUAUGCAAGAUUACAAUUACGUAAAAUCCAACUGUUUUGAAAUAACUAUUGAACAACAUUGUUUCAAGUACCCACCGGCUAGCAUGCUAGAGCAGAUAUGGGAGGACAAUCGCAAUGCACUGAUAACCUAUAUCCAAGAGGUACACAAAGGAGUCAAAGGAAUUGUUACGGAUAUUUACGGAGUCCCGAUUGCCAAUGCAGAGGUUACACUUGAGAGUCAGUCAGGCGUGAUAACAACAACAUCUGAGGGUGAGUAUUGGAGGCUGUUAGCACCAGGGAACUAUGUACUGAGCGUAGAGGCACCAGGAUACAGCACCAACUACAGUGCAGUGAGCGUGGGGCCAGCCCAGGCAGUGCAGAUGAACUUUACGCUAAUUAAUGGAGCAAAACAAUCUUUAUUGACUAACUGGACACUAAUAACUUUAUCGUUAGCUGUAUUAAUUUUAUUGUAAGCAAUUUUUAUGUACAUUUUUGUGCGAACCUGUCCAUCUAACUAAGCUCUAUUGAGUUGUUCAUGUAUACAUUAAUUUGCUGAAAGGGUUCAGUAUAAGUGUGUACGAACCUCGAGCACUCUGAAAUA